UAGAGUCAUCGGUUACUAUGUGCUCAAUGCUGAAGGUGACCCAAAAAUGACUUAGACCCCUCCUGAAGGCAGCUUAGGGUCAUCAGUGUCUAAGAGGGAGUGUUGGGUGUUCAGAUGAGGGGGACAGCUCUUGAAUGUUCUCUGUAAACCCUUAAAGUAUUCCAUAAAUGAGAGCUGCUGUUACCAUUCUCAGGGGCCUUCCAUCUCUGUAACCCUAACUUCGAAGGUUUCUUCCAGUUUUGUUGCCCAGGGCAACUAGGGGAGGCUGGACCUGGGCCAGCAAAUAGAUGAGCAGACGUGCUCUUCCAGCUGUCCACUGUCCCCUAGCUGGGGAGAAGGGGACAAAUCAGAUCAUCAAUUGUGUCUCAAAGUCCCGACUUGAGCACAGACCUUUAUUUUUGAGCUCCAAAUCCCAAGGGACCAAGAGAAUCUCCCAGAAGCCUAAAGUAGAGUUUAGGCUGUCCCAAACUCCUUUGAGCUCACAGAGGGAGGAGAUCUCCAGGCCCUAGGCAGGCAGGCCAUUAUGGAGACUUCAGUAAGAACAUGGCUUCCUAGACUCAUGUCAUCAUAGAAGUUACCUGGCAUAGAGUAGGGGGAAAUGGCCUGGAUUUGGGGUCAGAGUACAGGAUGCACAGGCAGCGGGGCCCAGUGUCAGGCAAAUCUGAGUUCAAAUCUAGGCUCAGACACUAGCUGGGUGACCCUGGGCAAGCUUUAACUUCUGUUUGCCUCAGUUUCCUCAUCUGUAAAGUAGGGAUGGUAAAGGCAUCUCUUCAUAGAGGCCAAAUGAGGUGGUUUAUGUAACACAGUAUGGGCUAUAUAAAUGCUUAUUCCUGUUCCACCCCACACCCCUGCCCCAGACCUCCCUCAACUCUCCCAAGAUGUUAUCUCACCCCUCCAGCCACGGGCAGCUUACCACCUCCCAAGGCAGGACACAAGCAGGGUCCAAAUCCUGCAUCUGAGGUGCACUCGAGUCAAAUCCCUUAAUGUCUCAGUGCCAUUGGCGCCUUGGGCAGCCAUUGUUGGGGAUGUUCUCCCCAUGGGGCAGGGGGGUUCCUUGUGUCAGACCAUGGCCCGACACUUUUCAUCCUCAGGCUGAGCUCCAUUCGGCCUCUGCAGUUCUGAGCUGGUGCUCCCUGGCAGGCCUUUGCAGGACGGGCUCAGAAACAGGAGGGAGGCCAGCAGGGCCUCCCCAAGCCAGGCUGGUAGUCUCAGGAGUGCCCUGCAGGCAGCCUCCUUCAUUCAGGCAAAGAACAACUGUCUCCUCUGUGUAGUUGUAAUCGGUCUCAUUGGGAUGAGAUCAUGGGGUCAGGGACCUGGAGACCCUGUUUUAAAGGGGAGACAUCAGUUUCAAGGUGAUAGAAGUGGAAAGCAGGAUGUGUACCCAGGACCUCUGACUAAACCUCAGGCUUCAUGCUGGAGAUGCAGGAUGUUGGAAAGGGGCCGAUGUAAAUAGCAAUUACAGCUAGCUUCCAGACAGGCUAUUCCACACCCUUCCAUUUUAAAGAUGGAGAAACUGAGGCCCACAGUGGGGAAAGGAGCACCAGCAUCUUAAAUAUCUGAGCCUAGAUUUGAAUCCAGGGAGUUCCCUUCUGGUUUGGUCAGCCACUGUGUGUGCGACCUUUCCCCCUGAAAUGAGCAGCAAUUCCUCCCUCUCCUUGAAGGCAGCAUGGCCUAUUGGAGGGGGGGAAGGGGCAUCAAGAAGACUAGCAUUUGAGAGGUAUCAGAUACUCCCUGGCUUUGGGGCCUCAGGUCAAUCAGUCCCCCCAGUUCUCAGUCUGCUUUUGGAGUAGGAGAUGCCUUCUUAAUCUAGGGUCAGGAAAACCCCUGAGCAGUUCACUUACCUUGUGCCUCAGUUUCCUUAUGUGCAAAGUGUGAUGAUGGCUGUGGUGAGGUCAUCUCUGUAGGGGGAAAGGGGCCCCUUGGAUGGUUGUCACCAUCUCUCUGGGCCCGGAGAAAGGGCACUUCCUCUCAGGCUGUUCUCUCUCCUUCUCCCAAGGGCUGGGACUGAGUAGAAGCAGGCAGAGUCUAGGGAACUGGGGGCAGGGCAGAGGGAGAGACUUCCCGAAUUCCCAGAGCCCUCUGCCCUUCCUCCCUUCAGGGCGAGGAUCUGACUGGAGCCAUGGCCAGUGGGAGUGGGAGUGGGGACAGCGUCACCCGCAGGAGCGUAGCCUCCCAGUUCUUCACUCAGGAGGAGGGCAGCGGCGUGGAUGGCAUGACUACCUCAGAGAGGGUGGUAGACCUUCUGAACCAGGCGGCUCUGAUUGCAAAUGACUCAAAGAUCACAGUGCUCAAACAGGUCCAGGAGCUGAUCAUAAAUAAGGACCCAACCUUGUUGGAUAACUUUCUGGAUGAGAUCAUCGCCUUCCAGGCAGACAAAUCGAUCGAGGUGCGCAAGUUUGUCAUCGGCUUCAUCGAGGAGGCCUGCAAACGGGACAUCGAGUUGUUGCUGAAGCUGAUUGCAAACCUGAACAUGCUGCUGCGGGAUGAGAGUGUGAACGUGGUGAAGAAGGCCAUCCUGACCAUGACUCAGCUCUACAAGGUCGCCCUGCAGUGGAUGGUGAAAUCCAAGAUCAUCAGUGAGCUGCAGGAAGCCUGCUGGGACAUGAUGUCAGCCAUGGCGACCGAAAUCAUCCUCUUGCUGGACUCGGAUAAUGACGGGAUCCGCACCCAUGCCAUCAAAUUUGUGGAAGGCCUCAUCGUCACUCUGUCCCCCCGAAUGGCUGACUCAGAGGUGCCUCGACGGCAGAAACACGACAUCAGCCUGGACCGCAUCCCCCGGGACCACCCCUACAUCAACUACAAUUUGCUCUGGGAGGAGGGCAAGGCAGCCCUCGAGCAGCUGCUGAAGUUCAUGGUCCACCCAGCGAUCUCCUCCAUCAACCUGACCACGGCCCUGGGCUCCCUGGCCAACAUCGCCCGGCAGCGGCCCAUGUUCAUGUCCGAGGUGAUCCAGGCCUACGAGACCUUGCACGCCAACCUGCCACCGACCCUGGCCAAGUCCCAGGUGAGCAGCGUGCGGAAAAACCUGAAGUUACACCUGCUCAGUGUCCUCAAGCACCCAGCGUCCUGUGAGUUCCAGGCCCAGAUUACCACGCUCCUGGUGGACCUGGGCACCCCCCAGGCUGAGAUCGCCAGAAACAUGCCCACGGGGAAGGAACCUCGCAGACGGCAGAGAGACGACCCGGACUCGGCCCUUAAGAAGAUGAAGCUAGAGCCCACGCUCGGUGAGGAUGAUGAAGACAAAGACAUGGAGCCCGGCCCCUCGGGGACCUCGAAAGCCUCAGCCCAGAGCGCGGCCCAGUCGGACACUGACAUCACGGCGGAAUUCCUGCAGCCUUUGCUGACGCCCGACAACGUGGCCAACUUGGUGCUCAUCAGCAUGGUGUACCUCCCGGAGGCCAUGCCAGCCUCCUUCCAGGCCAUCUACACGCCGGUGGAGUCGGCAGGCACGGACGCCCAGAUCAAGCACCUGGCCCGCCUCAUGGCCACCCAGAUGACCGCGGCCGGCCUGGGGCCAGGUGUGGAGCAGACGAAGCACUCAAAGGAGGAGCCGAAGGAGGAGAAGAUGUCCAAGCCCGAGAGCGUCCUCAUCAAGCGACGCGUGUCUGUGCUGGGCCAGGGCCAGGCCAUUUCUGUGGUGGGGGCACUGAGCCCGGUGUGCACCCUGGAGGAGGAGGCCCCCCAGGCCAAGCGGAGGCCCGAGCCCAUCAUCCCCGCCACACAGCCCCGGCUGGCAGGUGUGGGUGGGCGCAAGAAGAUCUUCCGCCUGAGUGAUGUGGUGAAACCCAUGACGGACGCGCAGAUCGAGAGCAUGAAGCUGGGGGCCGUGAGACGCAUCCUGAGGGCCGAGAAGUCGGUGGCCUGCAGCGGGGCGGCCCAGGUGCGGGUGAAGAUCCUCGCCCGGCUGGUGACUCAGUUCGAGGUGGGCCUGAAGGAGGAGGUCCUCGCCUUCAUUCUGGAAGAUAUCCGGGGCCGUCUGGACCUGGCCUUCGCCUGGCUCUACCAGGAGUACAAUGCCUACCUGGCCGCCGGGCCCACGGGGACCCUGGACAAGUACGACGCGUGCCUCAUCCGCCUGCUCUCGGGCCUGCAGGAGAAGCCUGACCAGAAGGACGGAAUCUUCACCAAGGUGGUGUUGGAGGCCCCGCUGAUCACAGAGAGCGCCCUGGAAGUGGUUCGCAAAUACUGUGAGGAUGAGAGCCGCACCUACCUUGGGAUGUCGACCCUCCGUGACCUGAUCUUCAAGCGCCCGGCGCGUCAGUUCCAGUACCUGCACGUCCUUCUGGACCUCAGCUCCCAUGAGAAGGACAAGGUGCGCUCACAGGCCUUGCACUUCAUUAAACACAUGUAUGAGAAAGAGCAGCUUCGGGCCUACGUGGAGAAGUUUGCCCUCAACUACCUGCAGCUUCUGGUCCAUCCCAACCCGCCCUCCGUGCUCUUCGGGGCCGACAAGGACACAGAGGUGGCGGCCCCUUGGACGGAGGAGACGGUGAAGCAGUGUCUCUACCUCUACCUGGCGCUGCUGCCCCAGAACCACAAGCUGAUCCACGAGCUGGCGGCCGUCUACACCGAGGCCAUUGCUGACAUCAAGCGGACGGUCCUGCGGGUCAUCGAGCAGCCAAUCCGAGGGAUGGGCAUGAACUCCCCAGAGCUGCUCCUGCUGGUGGAAAACUGCCCCAAGGGGGCCGAGACCCUGGUCACCCGCUGCCUUCACAGCCUCACGGACAAAGUGCCCCCCUCCCCAGAGCUGGUGAAACGGGUGCGGGACCUGUACCACAAGCGCCUGCCGGAUGUCCGCUUCCUCAUUCCCGUGCUCAAUGGCCUGGAGAAGAAGGAAGUGAUUCAGGCCUUACCCAAACUCAUCAAGCUGAACCCCAUCGUGGUGAAGGAGGUCUUCAACCGCCUGCUGGGCACUCAGCACGGGGAAGGAAACUCGGCGGUGUCGCCCCUGAAUCCCGGGGAGCUGCUCAUCGCCCUCCACAACAUCGAUUCUGUGAAAUGUGACAUGAAGUCCAUCAUCAAGGCCACAAACCUGUGCUUUGCCGAGCGCAACGUCUACACCUCGGAGGUGCUGGCCGUGGUCAUGCAGCAGCUGAUGGAGCAGAGCCCCCUCCCCAUGCUGCUCAUGCGCACCGUCAUCCAGUCCCUCACCAUGUAUCCCCGGCUCGGCGGCUUUGUCAUGAACAUCCUGUCCCGGCUCAUCAUGAAGCAGGUGUGGAAGUACCCCAAGGUAUGGGAGGGCUUCAUCAAGUGCUGUCAGCGGACCAAGCCCCAGAGUUUCCAAGUGAUCCUGCAGCUGCCCCCCCAGCAGCUGAGCGCCGUCUUUGACAAGUGUCCUGAGCUCCGGGAGCCCCUCCUGGCCCAUGUCCGCUCUUUCACCCCGCACCAGCAAGCCCACAUCCCCAACUCCAUCAUGGCCAUCCUGGAAGCCAGCAGCAAGCAAGAUUCCGAAGUCAAGGAGCCCCUGCCCGCGUCCUUGGAGGAGGUGAGAGCUCAGCAGGAGGACCUCGAUGCUGUGGCCCAGGCCCCGCGCCCGCCCCAGGAUCUCAUCGCCCUGCGCCUGGCCCAGGAGAAAGCCCUGAAGCGGCAGCUGGAGGAGGAGCAGAAGCUGAAGCCCCUGCUGCCCUCGGCCUCCUCGGCCCGGGCGGGUCCCCCACCCGCAGAGGAGGCCAUGGAUUUUCGGGAGGAGGGGACCGAGGGCGAGGCCCCCAACAUCUUCAUCAGUAUGGAGGAGGAUGGGGGGCUGACGGAGGCCACCCUGCUGGACUCCAGCCAGGAGGGGCCCCUACCUGAGAAGGUAGGGCGUUCCCCUUCCUCUUCCCCUCCACAGCCAAAGCCGAAGGAGGAGCCGGCGGGGGUCCCUUCCAAAGAGGACCGGAGCCCGCAGCCUCCAGGCCCUGCCCGGGAGGAGGCCGCCCCAGUGCCCAGCCCGGAGGCGGAAGGGGGGGAGGAGGCUUCGGAGACCAAGAUGGACAGCUGACGGACCGUGGGGGAGGGGGCGGGACGCGG